AUGUCCGAGAAGAUUGAUACCGUGGACGCUGUCCACGUCCACGACCAUGAUUCCGACAAGGCAAAGGUCCAGACCAAGGUCGUCAAGGGCAGUGAGGCUUUCAACGAGGCAAUGAUCAAGGAGCGCCCCAAUGCUUGGAGCAAAGCCCAGCUCAUGAUCUACGCCUUCUCUCUCAUUGGUUUCUUCUGUUCGACUAUGAACGGUUACGACGGUUCCCUAAUCAAUAACUUGCUCCAGAACCCUUCUUUCAAGGAGCGUUAUGGUGCUAAGAACGACGGUAUCUGGGCUGGAAUCAUCUCUUCCAUGUACCAGAUUGGUGGUGUUGUGGCCCUUCCCUUCGUUGGUCCCGCCCUCGACACCUGGGGUCGCAGAAUCGGCAUGUUCAUCGGUGCAGCCAUCAUUAUUAUCGGUACCUGCAUUCAAGCAACUGCCAAUGGAACUGGCCAGUUUAUGGGUGGUCGUUUCCUGCUUGGUUUCGGUGUCUCCAUCGCCGCCUCUGCCGGACCCAUGUACGUCGUCGAGAUCAACCACCCGGCUUUUAGGGGAACUGUAGGUGCCAUGUACAACACUCUGUGGUUUUCUGGAGCUAUUAUCGCUUCUGGUGCAGCUCGCGGAGCUCUAGACAUCAAGGGCGAUGCUUCAUGGCGCCUUAUCACUUGGCUCCAAGCUCUCUUCUCCGGACUCAUUGUCAUCUUCUGCCUGUUUAUGCCUGAGUCUCCUCGAUGGCUCUUUGUCAACAAUAAAAAAGAACAGGCGGCACAGGUCCUCGCAAAGUACCAUGGAAACGGAAACCCCGAGUCCCCUUGGGUCAAACUCCAGCUUCACGAGUACGAGGAGCUCCUCAACAUGGACGGCGCCGACAAGCGCUGGUGGGACUACAGGGCGCUGUUCCGCAACCGCGCCUCCGUAUACCGUCUCUCCUGCAACGUUGGUAUCUCAAUCUUUGGGCAGUGGGCUGGUAAUGCUGUUCUGUCAUACUUCCUUGGAUCUGUCCUCGACACCGCUGGCUACACCCACCCCAUUCAACAAGCCAACAUUACUCUCAUCAACUCGUGCCAGCAGUUCCUGUGCGCUAUCUGCGGUGCUUUGCUUGUCGACAAAGUUGGUCGCCGUCCCUUGUUGCUCUUUUCCUUCACCGCCUGCACAGUCGUUUGGCUCGGCAUGACGGUUGCCUCGGGCAUUCUUUCAAAGUCCAAGAUUGGUGAGACCGACGGCGGUGCUCCCAUCUUUAACAACCCAGCUGCAUCCCAGGCUUGCUUGGCCAUGAUCUUCAUCUUCGGCUCUGUCUACUCAGUCGGUAUCACACCUCUCCAGGCCCUCUACCCCGUCGAGGUCCUCUCCUUUGAGAUGCGUGCCAAGGGUAUGGCGUUCUCCAACUUGGCUGUCAACGCCGCCGGACUCCUAAACCAGUUCGCCUGGCCCGUCUCCAUGGAGAAGAUUGCCUGGAAGACCUACAUCAUCUUCACGAUUUGGGACGCAAUCCAGACCACAAUCAUCUACUUCUACAUUCCCGAGACCAAGGGCCGCACUCUCGAGGAACUCGACCACAUCUUCGCUGCCGACAAGCCUGUCAAGGCUUCCCUCCAGAAGAAGGAGGUUGCUGUCGACCGCUACGGCGAUGUUGUCAAUGUCCAGGACGUCUAA